AUGUAUCGAGAAAGUGAGUAAGAACAAAUCAAAAGUUAAUGGGUAAGAUAAAUACUUAUGUCGAAUGAUUCUAAAAUUGUAGCAAUAAAAUAUUAAGAACAAUGGCUUCUCUAUAAUUUAAUAGAAAAAAAGUCAAAAAUAUUAAUUUUCUAAAGAUGUGGGCCUGGAAUGUUUUCUCCUGAUUCAUUAUAUUUUAUUGCUGUAGGAGUAAACUUUUCAGAAUAAAAAGAAACAGUAUUAUUAAUUAAGUUAAUACCUCAUUUUGAGAAUCCCUUAUAACUAAUGUCUCUAGAAAAUUAAGUGAAAUGUCUUGAUAUAAAUGAGCAAUCAAAUAAAUUGUUAUUAAAUCUAAUGAAUGGUUCUUUUGUAAUUUGGGAUAUUCAUACUAAAUAAUAAGUUCUACAAUUAAAUUAGAAUACACGAUUUGAUUUUACUUAAUUUUGCAAUAAUCGUAUUAUAGGAACCCAACCUCAUUGUAUUACUUAUUUUGAUUAAGUCAGAAUGAAAUAAAUUAAAAGAAUUUUUGUUUCUGGAAGACUAUCUGAAUAUUAGAAAUACUCUCAUUAUUGUGAUGUUAAACAAAUAACCUCUUGUUUAAUUCUUUUUCGAUAGAGUAGAGGAAUGGAAAAAUUUUGUUAUAGAAUCAUAAAUAAUUAAAGUGGAAAAAUGAUUAGAAUAUUUAGAGAUUGUUAGAGAUUUGAGAAUUUAAAUAUAAAUGUAUCUCCAGAUCAUAAAAGAUUUGCAAGAUUAUCAAAAAUAUAAAAUACAUAAAUUGAGCUUUUAGAAAUAGAUUCAGGCAAAUCAUAUAAUUUUAUAAAUUGUUUGGAUACUAAAUAACCAAUUUGUUUUAGUUGUGAUUGGACAAUCAUAAUUUAAUCCACUAAACAUGGUUAUGCAAAAGUUUAUAGAAAGAUUGAAUGA